CGGUCCUCGCGCAAGCGCGCGCCGGGCAAAGCAUUUGGCGGGUUUUUCCCGGCUCUACUUCUCACCCAGAAGCCAAGCAGUAAUUCGGAAGCAAGUUUUCUCUCCGGAAAGAGUUUUCUUUUUGUUGACGUAUUUCUCUGUGACCGGGUGGUUGAGCUCUUCUGAGGGCGUGGGCCAGUUGUCUCUCGUGGCGCGUCCGGCAUCUUCCCCCAAGGCGAAAGGAGAAGCCUCUGCUGAGCAGACUUGAGCUGAGGUCGGAGCCCGGCCCCUCCCGGGUCACGAUGGCUGUGUCCACCCAGCAGCUGGCGGAGGAGCUACAGAUCUUCGGCCUGGACUGCGAGGAGGCCCUGAUGGGGAAACUGGCAGAGCUGUGUGUUCUGUACAGACAGACGGAGGAGGGGAUGGUAAGUGAGCUUAUCGCCUUCUGCACCAGCACAGGGAAAAUGCACCUUACUGCAGAGAUCCUGAGCUCCUUCGAACACGAGGUUCUAAACAAGAAAGUAUCCAAAGCCUGGCACAGUGCCUCCAAGGACAGCGGGCAUGCAGGAGCCAGGGACAUUGUUUCCAUACAAGAGCUGAUUGAAGCGGAGGAAGAAGAGGAGAGCCUUUUGAACUCUUAUACCACACCCUCUAAGGGUCCUCAUAAGCGAGCUAGCAGCACCCCAGAAACCCCCCUAACAAAAAGGAGUGUCUGCACUCGUAGCCCACAUCAGCUUCUCUCACCAUCGAGUUUCUCCCCGAGUGCCGCCCCCUCCCAGAAAUACAGCUCCAGAACCAAUCGAGGAGAAGUGGUCACCACAUUCGGCUCAGCACAGGGCGUGUCCUGGUCUGGGAGAGGAGGCUCUGCAAGUGUCAGCCUGAAGGUCAUGGGAUACCCAGAGCCACUCACAGGCAGCUACAAAGCCAUGUUUCAGCAGCUCUCAGAUAUCCGUGAAGUUCUGACCUGUAAGAUAGAGGAGCUUGGCAGCGAACUGAAGGAGCAUUACAAGAUUGAGGCUUUUACUCCCCUCCUGGAACCAGCACAAGAGCCUGUCAUCCUGCUGGGCCAGAUUGGCUGUGACAGCAACGGCAAGCUGAACAGCAAGUCGGUGAUUCUCGAGGGAGACCGGGAACACUCCUCGGGCACUCAGAUUCCCGUGGAUUUAUCCGACCUCAAGGAAUAUUCUCUCUUUCCUGGACAGGUUGUAAUUAUGGAAGGAUUCAACACCACUGGUAGGAGACUUACUGCCACCAAGCUCUAUGAGGGGGUACCGCUGCCAUUCUAUCAGCCCACCGAAGAGGAUGGCGAUUGUGAGCAAACUAUGGUUUUAGUUGCCUGUGGGCCUUAUACCACCUCUGACAGCAUCACAUACGACCCCUUGCUUGAUCUGAUCGCCAUCAUCAACCAUGACCGGCCUGAUGUCUGCAUCCUGUUUGGACCCUUCCUGGAUGCUAAACACGAGCAGGUGGAGAACUAUCAGCUGACGAGCCCGUUUGAAGACGUUUUCAAGCAGUGCCUGAGAACAGUCAUCGAGGGAACGAGAAGCUCCGGCUCCCACCUUGUCUUUGUCCCGUCUCUGAGGGACGUGCAUCAUGAACCCGUGUACCCGCAGCCACCCUUUACCUUCCCUGAGCUGCCUCGGGAGGACAAAAAGCGAGUGCAGUUUGUGUCCGAGCCCUGCAGCCUCUCCAUAAAUGGAGUGAUGUUUGGCUUGACGUCCACGGACCUGCUGUUCCACAUCGGGGCUGAGGAGAUCUGUAGCCCUUCUGGGACUUCAGACCGAUUCAGCCGAAUCCUCAAGCAUAUCCUGACGCAGAGAAGCUACUACCCACUCUACCCGCCCCAUGAGGACAUGGCCAUAGACUACGAGAACUUCUAUACCUAUGCCCAGCUACUCUUCACCCCUGACGUCUUCAUCGUGCCGUCAGAGCUGCGGUACUUCGUGAAGGACAUCCUUGGCUGUGUCUGUAUAAAUCCUGGGCGGCUCACCAAAGGACAGGUGGGUGGCACCUUCGGCCGCCUCUACCUCAGGAGACAGCCCAGGGCCGUGGACAGUAAGGGCAGGCCGGGCCUGAGUGUGGCCGCGCAGGUGGUCAGAAUCUGAGUCUUGAGCCUCAGUCAUGUGGCCUCCCCGACACCAGGAGCCCAGGUCUGACCCUCUGAUGACCAGACUGUUGAAGCACCUGACAGGGAUCUGUUGGUGACAAGGAGCGGACCAGGACUGCGGGCCUGGGGUCCUGUGCAGCUGGGCCUUGAUCUGAGUCGUGCCUCUCGCCUCUCCCUUCUUCACAUAGAAGUCUAUGGAGACAGCCUGCCCAGAAAGGCAGGAAAACCUCAGGGUUUUCUGUGUGAAUCGGACACAGCGUUUAGAAAAAUAAAUAUAAAUUUUUAGUAAAACUGAUUUUAAUCUAU